AUGAGCGUUCUUUCCGUGUAUGUCGUAAGUGAAUCUGGCUCCCUUCAAAUGUACUAUGAUCGGUCUAAUCCUCCCGUAGAAAUAGUGGAAACGUAUAAUUUCCCAUUAUCAUUUGUGUUUGAAAAUGUUGACGGUCGUAUUUCUGUUGUUUUUGGUGCAACGAAUGAAGUAAAGUUGGGCUAUUGCGUUUUAGCUGUUAAUGGUGUAAAUGCAAACGGUACAGUAUUGGAAGAUAAUAGAGAUAUUUUAGAGCUAUUUAAAAAUCCUGCAAAUUUUCCCAUUACUCUUCGUUUGGGAUCACCACGAUUGAGUCCAAAUGAUCGGAUUACGAUCGCUAGCAUGUUUCAAGCUAUUCACCACAUGGCUCGAGUUAUAACCCCUACUCCAGCAAAUUCCGAAUCAGGACAUUCUAAAUCUCAAGUUGCCACGGAACCCUCUGGGAUUCAAACUAUUGAAACUCCAGAAACUCGAAUUCACUGCUAUGAAUCGAUUACUGGUACGAAGUUUAUCCUUGUAACGGAUUCAAAAAUACCAAGCACUGCUCGUGAUGCCUUAAAGUUAGUCUACGAAGCCUACACAGACUAUGUCCUUAAGAACCCCUUCUAUUCUCCCAAUCAACCUUUUAAUUUUGAAUUCUUUAACUCUCGUCUUAAGAAAAUUUGUGAUCAAGUUGAGAAUGGCAUUUAUAACUAUGUAUAA